AUGCUUCAUAAAUGGCUCCUCUUUCUUGGUACCAUUCUUCUCCCCAUAUAUGUUCACGGAGCAUAUCUUCAAGGCAUAUGGAACCCGUCGUAUCAAAAAGCAUACUUUGUGACUAAAUUUGGGUAUCAGCAAACCAAUCAAAAAUACCCAAAGGAUUCGAGGGGAUUCCUUUUUGGGAACUUCAUUCCGCAAGCCGUCUAUAAUUAUUCAAAUCCAGUUCUUCUCGCUCUUGUAUCCUCGGAGAACAUUCAUUUGUUCCGCUCCGAUUCGGAGUAUGGGCUCUCUUGCAGCGGAAUGCUGCGAAACAUGACGUUGAAAGGAUUCGAGCCGCGUUGUUUUCCUAAUGGCACGAGCGAUGUUUUUCGAUGGAUACCUUGCCCCGAGGGACAUCUAUGCAAAGGCGAGGACAAUCCGGAUAACGUCAUUCCUGGAUAUCAAAUGACGAUGCAAGUGGUGGAGCCGUAUAAUCCGGAACAUUGGUUUGUACUGUUACUUUCUUGUAAUCUGGACGCGAAUUGCGAUUGGACUGAUUCACAACCAAAUGUUGACAUUUCCUAUGAUAUCUGGCUCACAAAUGGUCGACCAGAGAGCCCAGCAGCAAGCUUCUUUACAUUUAAUUUUUCAUUUGAUGAACAGAACACUGUUCAAAUUUUUGUGAUCACUGUUAUACUCUAUGCUGUAUUGCUUAUGAUCCUGUCCAAUGCACCGUAUAAAAAUAGACUCGUUCCACAGAGAAUGAGGCUUCUGAAGCUCGUUGUUCAUAUGGAGUUGGCGGGCUAUACUUUUCAAUGUAUAAAUGUGAUAUUGUAUGCUUAUGAUGGGAAAGGGAUUUUCAUUUUUCGAGUGGCUGGAGAAAUUUUAAGAAAUGUGUCGAUACAAAUAUUUUGCUUUUUGCUACUCAUGCUCGCGAGAGGUUGGGACAUAACUUAUCAAGGGUCCGAUUUUAAUCGUCCCGUUGUUAUCUUUUGGGGUAUUUUAGCGGGUCUCGACACGGUGUGCUUUUUUUUCAAUUUUACCUAUGUUUAUGAUGUAUUACAUGAUGUGGAUGUAUAUUCAUCAUGGCCUGGCCAUGUAAUGAUAUUAAUUCGAAUAAUCUACGCGUUUUGGUUUUUACUGGAAAUACGAAUGCUCAUCGACAAUGAGCAAAAUCGCGCAAAAGCUGAAUUUUUGGCACAUUUUGGAGCUGGUUAUUUAGUUUGGUUCAUCAGUCUACCAAUGAUUGGAAUUGUCGCAACGUUCGUGUCUCAAUUAUGGAGAUUUUCGCUAAUUUUAGCACUUCGAACAUUUUCCAAUUAUGUUGCCAUAUGUGUUGUUGUUCAUCAAUUCUGGCCAAAAUCGUCAUAUCGAAAAUUCUUUGCGGAUUACACAAACGGUCAUCGAAGACUCGGCCGCGACGAUUCGCAUGAGCUAAACGACUAUGAGAAUUUGAUAUUUAUGAUGGAUGAAUCGAAUUCCGAUGACGAUUAUCCAGAGCUUGACGAAUUUUCGCGGAAUGAAAUCUAG